GUACUUGAGAUCGCGGCGGACGCUCCCAUGUCCGCUGACGAAGGCACUGCUCCCACUCCACCUGACGUGCCCUUGAAGGGUAAGAGUCGCCAGCGAAUUCUCCGCGGUAUCCAGCGCAUUUCUUCAUCGCCGUCCCUUCCUGGCGUCGGACGAUCUCGAUCCAUUAGCAACCCUUAUAGCAUCCGAUAUGGCUCCAUCUCUUGCGUCAGUCUAUCCACGGCCGGGCCAUCACAAGCAUCUCCCAGGUCUGCAACGCCGCAGCUCUCUGCUCUGAAUGUGACGGGCGCUUCACAUCCAGGGUCCAAGACUAAGGUGUUCAUGUUCGAAGAGGAAAACGAUGAUGAUGUCGAAGAGUUCCCGGCUAUUCGCAAGGUCAAUCAUGGGCUUUCCAGUACUUCACCCGCUGUGUCAUCCCUGCCCUCCGAACUCAGAGGACGAACCAAGCCCGUAGAAAAGAAAGACUUCAACUUUUGGGAGGCCAUGCCUCACGAAAUCCGAAUCCACAUCUUUUCAUAUUUUCGGCCCAAAGAAUUGGUGCGGAUAUCCAGAGUCAGCAAAACCUUUUACGGUUUUUGUUUUGACGGUCAGUUGUGGACAUCGAUCGAUGCUUCGGAAUUUUACCAGGAAAUUCCUGCUGCGUCACUGGCACGCAUCAUCGCCGCUGCUGGUCCCUUUGUCAAAGACUUGAACUUGAGGGGAUGUGUCCAGGUCGAACAUUAUAAGCGUACCGAAGUCAUCGUCAAGUCGUGCAAGAACCUUAUGAACGCGACCCUCGAAGGCUGUCGGAAUUUCCAAAAGCACACCCUCCACAAUCUCCUAAGAAGCAAUGAAAAGCUGGUUCAUCUCAACUUGACGGGACUUGCGGCGGUGACAAACACAUCCUGCAAAAUUAUUGCCGAAUCAUGUCCUCAACUGGAGAGUUUCAAUGUUUCAUGGUGCCAGAAGGUUGAGGCUCGUGGGAUCAAAACAAUUAUCGACGCAUGUACGAAGCUGAGAGAUCUCCGUGCUGGCGAGGUAAGGGGGUUUGAUUGUGCCGCAACUGCAGAGUCAAUUUUCAAGACAAAUCGACUUGAGAGACUGGUCCUCAGCGGAUGCUCUGAUCUCAAUGAUGAGGCGUUGAAGAUUAUGAUGCAAGGGGUUGAUCCCGAAAUCGACAUCCUCACAGGUCAUCCUGUGGUUCCUGCUCGCCGGCUUCGCCACCUGGAUCUGAGCCGCUGCAUCAGACUAACCAGUGCAGGUGUCAAGGCGAUUGGCCAUGUGGUGCCGGAUUUGGAAGGCUUGCAGCUUUCAGGGUGCAAGACGUUGACUGAUGCAGCGCUUGAACUUAUUCUUGCCUCAACACCAAGGCUCACUCAUCUCGAAUUGGAAGAUCUCGACGAGAUAACCAACUCUCUCCUCUCCGAGCAUCUUGCCAAGGCGCCAUGCGCUGGUAACUUGGAACAUCUCUCUCUGAGCUACUGUGAAAAUAUUGGAGACUUGGGAAUGCUUCCGGUCAUGCAGAAAUGCAUAGGGCUGAAGAGCGCCGAUCUCGACAACACCAGGAUCAGCGAUCUGGUUCUCGCAGAAGCCGCCUCGAUGGUUAUCAAGCGUUCCAAGCCGGCCUCAGCAGGCGAGGUCCGUCCUAAAGUAACGCUGCGUUUGGCAGUAUACGACUGCCAAAACGUAACUUGGACAGGUAUCCGAGAGAUCUUGUUCAGGAAUGCCCAGGUUAGACCAGCUGUGGGACAACCUGGUGGAAUCACGUACCCAACUGAGAGCAUUGGCCUGAAAUGCUUCUACGGUUUCCAGAUGACCGUCGAUGAGCACCAGAAGAGAGUUCUCCGGGGCGAUCUUGUCGCUGCCGGUAGACUGGAGAGGAAGUGGGCAGACUACAUGCAAGCAAACGAAGAAGCUGGCGCAGGAGGGGCUGGAUACCGGAGGCGCCGGCGUCGAGCAAGGCAUGCACAAGCUCUUCAUGCGGAUGAAGAAGAUGGAGGUAUUGUCGGCCGCCGCAGAGCAAGGACACUGGGAUCUUGCUCCGUAAUGUGAUAAUGGGGAUCACGGUAACAUGUUGGUCUUCAAAUUAUGAAUGUACGAUCAUCUCAUUCUGUUCAUCUACUCUGAGGGUGGAAUUUUUUUUUUUUUUCCAAAAGAAGAAAAGCUCCAAAGGCUUCUUUUUUGCCGGGAUUCUUUCUUUCUCUUUUUUCUCUUUGGGUUAUUUCUUUCACUGCAUGUGGCAAUGGCGUUUUCUGAAUGCCACACAGCACUGGUGUUGUUGUUUUGGGGGUAGAACAUACAGGAGAUGACAAAGUGGGAAAUGGGAGUUGGCUUGGGCAAUGUUUCCUUGAAUUUUCUCUUUCUUUGCAAACAACCCAACUUACCGGCAGCGGUAAGGAUUGGGCGCUCUUGGAGAUGACAUUGGCUUUGGGCAGGACCCCCUUUCGACCUAUGAGUGCAACAGGAUUGCUUGGAUGUAAAUAGGUCGAUCUAGACUGCCAGCACCGUCUACGGAUGUCCUGCAAGUUGAGAUUAGUUUGAUGCAAAUAGAUUGAUUCUGCUAUGC